AUGGAGGUGGAGGAGGAGGAAAGACGCUCUGCACACGAUGGUGGGGAUCCGUGUGUUCCCGAGAGCUUCUUUGAUUGUGUAAAGCAAGGGUUACGCGGCGAUCUCGAACAUAGGCGGGACAGGCGUCUCCAAAUGGCGGACACUGCCUCGAAGCAUCGAGCUGAGUUUGCCUUUGCUCAGCUUGAGAACGAGAGAGCUCUGACAUCUCUUCGUGACGAGCUAAGGGAAGGGUAG